AUGGCCAAGAAUAUUGAUGAACAGGUCAAAAAUGAUUUGUUAUCUUGUGACAUAAUUAGCAUUGCAGUUGACGAAAGUACCGACAUAAAUAGUAUUGGUAGGCUUGCAAUAAUUAUUACAUUUGCAUCAAUAAAUAGCUCGAAUGUCAAUGAAGAACUAUGCGUUCUUGCUUCAGUGAAUGACACCACCAAAGGCACUGAUAUUUUUCGUCAAGUACAAGAGUUUACAAAUUUCAAAAAUGGGCAAGUAUUGGAUUUAAAAAGUAAAUUGUUUUCCAUAACAACUGACGGUGCUCCAAGUAUGAGAGGAAAAACUGUUGGAUUUGUAAAACUAAUGGAAAAUGAACUUGGCCGUUCACUUUUAUCGUUUCAUUGUAUCAUACAUGAAGAAAAUUUAUUUGCAAAGGCAUCUACACAACAACUUAAGGAUGUAAUGGAAAAAGUUGUUAAGAUCGUAAACAUGAUAAUAGCGCGAUCAGCAUUAAUACACAGGCGCUUUAAAGCUUUUUUGGAGGAAAUUGAAUCGAAAUAUGGAGAUUUGUUAUUACAUUCUGAAAUGCGUUUGUUAAGUCGGGGCAAAGUUCUUAAUAGAUUUGUAGAGUGUUUUGAUGAUAUACAAAUAUUUCUUCACGAAAUCGGUGAAAAUGAUCUCGAACUCAAUGAUAAACAAUGGUUUUUAAGACUUUUGUUAAGUUUUGUUUUUUUUUAA